AUGUCUGCAGAAUUAAGAGAGGCGUUCAUCAAGGCGAAAAACGAGGGCCGUAAUGCAUUGGUCACCUUUGUGACGGCAUUUUUCCCCACCGAAAAGGACACUGUCGAAGUCCUACAGGGCCUACAGCAGGGAGGUGCCGACGUGAUCGAGUUGGGCAUCCCCUUCUCAGACCCGAUUGCAGACGGGCCUACCAUCCAAGCCGCCAACACAAAGGCCAUCGAGAACGGCUGCACGGUCCAGAAGUGUCUGGACGUGGUCAAGCAGGCCAGAGCGUCCGGCGUCAGCACCCCGAUCAUCCUCAUGGGCUACUACAACCCGAUCCUCAAGUACGGCGAAGAAGAACUCAUCAAGGCUGCCAAGGAGGCAGGUGCAAACGGCUUCAUUGUGGUCGACUUGCCUCCAGAGGAAGCAGUGAAAUUCAGAAACAUCUGUUCCUCAGAGGGCUUAUCCUACGUCCCAUUGGUUGCUCCUUCGACAACUGACGACAGACUCAAACUUUUGGGAGAAAUCGCAGACUCCUUCAUCUAUGUUGUUUCUCGUAUGGGUACCACCGGUGCCGGCGUCUCUGUCACGUCCUCUGUCGGUCCGUUGUGCAACCAUGUGAGAAAAUUCACAGGCCACACCCCACUAGCCGUCGGUUUCGGUGUCUCAACCAGAGAGCACUACCUCUCUGUCAGUGAGAACUCUGACGGUGUGGUUAUUGGCUCGAAGUUGCUCAACUUGAUUGAUGCAGCCCCAGCUGGCAAAAGAGGUGCAACCGCAAAGGCUUUCGUCGAAUCCAUUUUACAUGGUGAGGGCAAAAAUGUCACCUCAGAAAGCACUCUGAGCCAGCAACCAGAGGUCGUCGAUAAGCCUGAUUUUGCUGAAAAGCAUAUACACAACCCUAAUUUUGGUGACUACGGUGGUCAGUACGUUCCUGAAGCAUUGCACGCUUGUUUGAGAGAACUAGAAGACGCAUUCGAAGAUGCUAUUGCAGACCCGUCCUUUUGGGACGAGUUCCAUUCUCUCUACGACUACAUUGGAAGACCUUCUUCCUUGCACGAGGCUGAACGGUUGACCGAGUACGCCGGAGGUGCCAAGAUCUGGUUAAAGAGAGAAGAUCUGAACCACACAGGCUCGCAUAAAAUCAACAACGCAUUGGCGCAAGUGUUGAUUGCCAAGAGGUUAGGUAAGAAAAAUAUCAUUGCCGAAACAGGUGCUGGUCAACACGGUGUUGCCACUGCUACUGCUUGUGCCAAAUUCGGUAUGACCUGUACCGUCUACAUGGGUGCUGAGGAUGUUAGAAGACAGGCAUUGAACGUCUUCAGAAUGAGAAUCCUAGGCGCAAACGUCAUUGCUGUUCAAAACGGUACCAAAACUUUGAGAGACGCCACCUCCGAGGCUUUCAGAUCCUGGGUUACCAACUUGAAGUCAACCUACUACGUUGUUGGAUCUGCAAUCGGUCCACAUCCAUACCCAACCCUCGUUAGAACUUUCCAAUCUGUCAUUGGCCAAGAAAUCAAAGAGCAGUUCAAAAAGAAAAACAAUGGUAAGCUUCCUGAUCUGAUUGUCGCAUGUGUUGGUGGUGGUUCCAACUCAACAGGUACAUUCUCUCCUUUCGAAAAUGAUGCAUCUGUCAAGCUUUUGGGUUGUGAAGCUGGUGGUAGUGGUAUUCACUCAAAUUACCAUUCUGCAACCUUGACCGUUGGUGAACCUGGUGUUUUCCAUGGUGUGAAGACUUAUGUUUUACAAUCCGAGGAUGGUCAGGUGCAUGAUACCCACUCGGUCUCUGCAGGCUUAGACUAUCCUGGUGUUGGCCCUGAGUUGGCUUCAUGGAAGGAUAAUGGCAGGGUCCAGUUCAUUGCAGUUACUGACGAACAAGCCUUAGAAGGUUUCAGAUUGUUGUCUCAGUACGAAGGUAUUAUCCCUGCCCUAGAAUCUUCCCACGCCGUUUACGGUGCUGUCGAAGCUGCCAGAAAAAUGCCAAAGGACAAGAACAUCGUCAUCACAGUUUCUGGCAGAGGUGAUAAGGAUGUCCAGAGUGUCGCAGAGGUUUUACCAAAAUUAGGGCCGAAAAUCAACUGGGACCUACGUUUCGAAUCUUUUGAUGAUGCUUCCAAAUAG